AAAACCGUGUUAUGCAGCCUGUCGGGGUAUGCACUGCUGCGAGUGAGCGACAGACAUGGGCGGAGGGUUGCUCAAAGUUCCACCUAUAGUUUACCAGCCGGUUAAAUGUUUUUAUCUUUCUUCCUAUUCUGUAAUUACAUAAUCUGUCCGUGGCACUUCAUCGCUGUGAACAUUACUCAACAUUUCGAUAUAUCGGAUGACGUGGUCGGGAAGAAGGAAUAGGCUAUGUGUUUACAGACCAUCAGAUGACUGUAAUUCACUAUUUGUACAGGUGUGUUACCUGUAGCGCCCUCGAGAAAGGGGCAGUGUUUAUCUCCCCCCCUCGAUGUACCAUUUCUUCCGGCACAAUUAUAUGCUAAUGAGAUGUAGCCUAUCCAGGCCAGCAGAAGGGAAUAUUGGUGAUUAAAAACAUCCCUGCCAAUUUCCCAUGUUGUCGCGCGUGUUUAUUCUAAGUUUGGACAUUUGCCAGCCUGCAUUUAAAGCUGCUUGCUGUCACUUAAGUAGCCUAGUGCUCUUCGUUCAGUGGCAAUAGUCCAUGGAGUCCACCUAAACAAGAGCACAGGGAGUCCUGAUCAUAAAGAAGUGAGUCUUAUUUCAAUUUCAGUGGUUGCUUGCGGACGGCUUUCACCACUAGAGCGGGGACAUUGACGCAUUUUGGAGUCGACGGGUAACACUGCCAACCCGGCUGCGCUACAGACGCAUCCAUGAGCGAAACCGCGAUGGCCGUGGUGCAGCUCGAGACGGAGGAACAUCAACCGGAGAACGGCUUCGUGUCCCCCGAAACAGAGUCGCCGGGAUUGCUCACACGCAUCGACGAUUGUGUCUUGCCUUUUCUUGGGGGAUUUGGGAAGUAUCAGAGACAGCUAAUCGUGCUAACAUGGAUUCCGGCGUUAUUUAUUGGAUUCAGCCAGUACUCUGACGAAUUCCUUCUUGCCCAACCGAACAAUACAUGUGUUCCGCAAACUGCAAAUACGACUAAUUUUACUAUAAUUCCUUCCUCUUUAUUCCAUGGUCCAAAUAAUAGUUUCCCACGAACAGCGGCGUACGUUUAUUACAAUGGAACCCACAAUAAUACAGCCAGGCAUCUGCAACAUUGUAUGUGCAAGGAGUGGACGUUUGAGCUGCAAACGGGACUCAUGCAGAAUGUGGUUACUAAGUGGAGUCUGGUGUGUGACUCGGCGUGGAAGGUCCACAUCGCUAAGUUCUCUCUGCUGGUGGGAUCCAUAUUCGGAUACCUGGUCUUUGGGGUCCUGGCAGACUGGUUUGGUCGCCACCCGGUCCUAAUAAUCUCGGUCCUGUUCAUGCUGGUGUUCGGUCUGACCGUGGCCUUCUCGGUCAAUGUUCCCAUGUUCGCAACGCUGCGCUUCUUCGAGGGCUUCUGCUUGGCAGGCAUCGCCCUCUCCCUCUACAUCCUCAGGAUUGAGCUGUGCCUACCAGCAUGGCGUUUCUCCAUGACCAUGGUUGCCAGCUUCGUGGUGCUGGGCGGGCAGCUCCUGAUGCCAGGGAUGGCAUACCUCUGUCGAGACUGGCAGGUUCUGCAGGCUGUCAUCAUCUGCCCGCUUCUCCUCAUGCUGGCUUAUAUCUGGAUCUUUCCCGAGUCUCUGCGGUGGCUGCUGGCCACUCAACAGUACGGCCGCUCCAAGUGGAUCAUGGGACACAUCAUCAAGAAGAACCAGGUCAACCCCGAGCUGGACACUGACCACAUCCUUACAGAGCUGCAGAACGCUCUUCACAAGAAACCCAAAAAGACAUGUAUCGUAAAGAUGGUGGGGACAAGGAACCUGUGGAAAAACAUUGUGGUCCUCUGUGUGAACUCACUGACUGGCUAUGGCAUCCACCACUGCUUUGCCCGCAGUAUGAUGGACCACCAUGAGACCCACGAGUCCACCAUGUUCCACAACUUCUACGCUGACUACUACACCAUGGCGGGCAUCGCCGUGGCUUCAUGCAUGGCACUGUGCCCGGCGGUGGGCCUGAUGGGGAGGAGGGGAGGCCUGCUCAUGUUCAUGAUCAUCACUGCCCUGGCAUCACUGCUGCAGCUUGGCCUGCUCAACUUGCUGGGGAAAUACAGUGUCCAUCUGAAUAUAGAGAGCUCGGAUACACUUAAUAAGAACUUCUCCAUCGCCUUUUCCAUCAUUGGCAUGUUCUCCUCCCACGCUGUCAGCAACCUGAGCAUCUUCUUCUGCGCUGAGAUCACCCCCACUGUCAUCAGGGGUGGUGGUCUGGGCCUGGUACUAGCCAGCGCUGGCUUCGGCAUGCUGACCGCCCCCAUCAUGGAGCUGCACAAUCAGAAGGGCUACUUCCUCCACCACAUCAUCUUCGCCUGCUGCACCCUCAUCUGCAUCAUCUGCAUUCUCCUCCUCCCCGAGACGCGCUACCAGCCCCUGCCCGAGACCCUGGCCGACGGGGAGUGUUACACCCGCCAACCCCUGUUGCCCCCCAGAAAGCCUGGGGAACAGCGCCUCCUCCUGGCCCAGUCGGAGAGCAGCAGGGACUACACCCGGGUCCACGACACGCCACUGCACGAGGCGGCCGCCACCACCGUCUUCACCAUGGACUCCAAGGCAUCCUCCGCUGUUGACCUCACGGCACCGUCGUUUAUAGAUAUUUUGGCGCCCCCCGCCACAGAGUUGACGUCAUUCCAGCCUGAUCCUGAUAGCGUGCCCCUGGUUAAGAAAGACCUCAAUGGGCGAUCCGUUACGCUCCCAUCUGGUACUCCUAUGGCGGCCCUAGAUAAGGCAGGCGUUGUACUGCCUAGUAAAGAGCACCUGUUAUCUUCCACACCUAGAAAUAGUGCCCUCACUCCCUCCAAUCUGAAGUCCACUGAAGAUUCAACUGAUAUACCCCUCAUUAAUUAUGUUGCCCAUGAAUCCAUUUUCAUUGUUGAGGAUGAGACAGCUCCCUCCCCAACUAAGGACGUUACCACUGCCACUGAUACAGAAGACCUCCCUACCUCCAUCUUGGUCAACACCAUUCCCCCUGUUAUUGAAACCCAUCCUAUCUCUUCAUUGGACUCAACCACUCCACCAGUACUUGAUUCAUCCUCUACCUCCACUUACACCCCUCCCCCUGUCAUAAAAACCACCCCUACAUUGGAGUCUAUCGUCCCCCCUGUUAUAGAAACCACCCCUACAUUGGACUCUACCAUUCCCCCUGUCAUAGAAACUCCUUGUACCUUGGGCUCUACCACUCACCCUGUAAUUGUCCCUAUCCCCCCUUCUCCAACACCCUCCCCUACUGUCAUCAAUGACACUGUUCCCCUUCUCCCCUUGGCGGACCGUACCACUUCUAUUGAUUCUACUGACCCCAUCACCACAGAUUCGAUCAUUCCCAUUCUAAUAGACUCUGUAGAUGGCAAACUCCCCCCUCCUCCUACCCAUAAUUCAGACUGUACCAUUCCCCCUGUCACAGACUCUGUCCAUACUCCAGAGUUGGACUCUUCAUGUGUUAAUGAUGUUGUUGUCUCUCCCUCUUCCCCUGUCGUAGCUCAUUCCCCUGUUCAUCACCCCACCCCCCUACCACCACCACUGCCACCCAUUGACUCAGUUCAUAUCCCAACAACAGUGGACUCUUCCACUCCCCCUGUCAUAGACACUGUUCACCCCCUCACUGUGGACUCUACCACUCUCCCCAUCACAGACAUUGUUCAACACCUUACAUUGGACUCUACCACUCCGCUUUUCAUAGACUCACUUCUCCCCAACAUAACAGACACUGAAACAACAGAGGCAGCCCCUGCUUCCACAAUAAUGGACUGCACCAUCUCCUCCCCAAUAGACUCAGGUAUCCUCCCCGUAAUGGACUGUGUCAUCUCAGAAAACAGCGCUGUCAACGGGGUGGCGUCUUCAUGAUCCAAGGCUCCACCUGUGGAACAAGGAGGUGGGCCCCUCCCUCAUGGAGGAAGAAGCCCUGGACACCCAUGUCACAUGACAGGGGUCACUAACUGGCCUAUCAGGCCUCAGAUAUUUCAGCUGCUCUUUAGGGAGACUGCCAGCGACAGACAGGAGGGUAACAGCUUGAGCUUGGGCCAAGUUUUUUUGGUCAUACAUCUUACUGGGAGCGGCCAGAGAACAGGACAGGGGGACCGGCUGUGGUGACAGUGAUGAGUGGUUAGGGACGGUUCGAAAUUUACUGGGAGGGCAAUGCGUUUUUCCCCCGGGUUUACAUUCACCCUAUUUGUAGGUUUUACUAUAUGAUUUCUUCUAUCAUCUGCUUGCAUGCACCUCCCCUAUAUCAAGGUGUUUUGGAGGUUCCAUUAUGCACUGCACUUUUCCACACAUUAACUAUACCACAGGCCAAUAUAGUCUACCAGUCUGUCUAUCCUGCCCUCUAUCCACCUUUCAUAGUGACAAUAGUCACUACCAGAUCUGCAAUAACUGCAAUAUCACACAUAUAUCAUUCAAAUCUGCACCAAUAUCAGCAGAGACCAGGUGCGUCAUUGCGCAUGAAAGAACAGUGAAGACAUGAGACAUGCAGCUCAAAAAUCUCCCCUAUACUGUAAAUCUUGUUUAGGGACUAUACAAUUAUCCUACCUAGACUAGCCUAGAACACAUUAUUGCUUUCAAGUGAGUACAUUUUACUCUAGGCUGUGAACUGCAGUGAAAAUGUCAUUUAAAUAAUAUUUCAUUCCAUUUGGCUCAGUUGUUGGUCUACGCUCGACAGUUUAUAAGAUCUAGAACAAGGGUCUCCAACAGCUCCAGUAGCUCUGAGUCCACCUAUGAGUUGCUCGCCAAACAAUUCUGAAAGUACAUGCAAUUUUCACAUGGUCCACCGCAAACUCAUAAACAAAUCUCUCAUGUAUCAGACACCGCAGCUUCCCAGCUACUGUCUAAUCAACGCAACAUUGGCAUUAUCCCACCCCAGGUUAGCCACUAAUGGCCUAAAAAGCCAAACGUAAUACAAUAUCUGCCAAUUAAUUUUCCAGCAAUAUUGCCCCGGUCUGUCUGUGUGAUGCACGUGUUUGUCUAUCACUUCAUGUGGAGCCAGUUGAUGUGAUAACUGUCUUGUGGGUUUCCCCAAAGCCUUCUCAAUCAAAUGUUGACUGCAAAGUAGGCUUACCUGUCAGAAGUAAAUUAUGAGUAAGUAUAUAAUUUGUGUCUACACUGAACAACAAUAUAAAUGUAACAUGCAACCAUUUCGAAGAUUUUACUGAGUUACAGUUCAUAUAAGAAAAUCGGUCAAUUUAAAUAAAUUCAUUAGGCUUAUCUAUGGAUUUCACAUGAAUGGGAAUACAGAUAUGCAUCUGUUGGUCACAGAUGUAUUUCUUUUUAAUUUAAAGGUAGAGGCGUGUAUAAGAGAAGUAGUCAUUAUCUGGUGUGACCACCAUUGCCUCAUGCAGCAUGACACAUGUCCUUCACAUAGAGUUGAUCAGGCUGUUGAUUGUGGCCUGUGGAAUGUUGUCCCACUCCUCUUCAAUGGCUGUGCAAGGUUACUGGAUAUUGUCGGGAACUGUAACACGCUGUUGUACGCUUCGAUCCAGAGAAUCACAAACAUGCUCAGUGAGUGACAUGUCUGGUGAGUAGGCAGUCCAUGGAAGAACUGGGACAUUUUCAGCUUCCAGGAAUUGUGCACAGAUCCUUGCGACACGGGCCAUGCAUUAUCAUGCUGAAACAUGAGGUGAUGGCGGCAGAUGAAUGGCACCACAAUGGGCCUCAGGAUCUCGUCACGGUAUCUCUGUGCAUUCAAAUUGCCAUUGAUAAAAUGCAACUGUGUUCGUUUUCCGUAGCUUAUGCCUGCCCAUACCAUAACCCACUGCCACCAUGGGGCACUCAGUUGUAAGGCCUCUUGGACGUACUGCCAAAUUCUCUAAAACGAUGUUGGAAGUGGCUUAUGGUAGAGAAAUGAACAUUAAUUUCUCUGGUAACAGGUGGAAAUUCCUGUGGUCAGUAUACCAAUUGCUUGCUCCCUCAAAACUUGAGACAUCUGUGGCAUUGUGUUGCGUGACAAAACUGCACAUUUUAGAGUGGCCUUGUAUUAUCCCCAGCACAAGGUGCACUUGUGUAAUGAUCUUGCUGUUUAAUCAGCUUCUUGAUAUGCCACACCUGUCAGGUGGAUGGAUUAUCUUUGCAAAUUAGAAAUGCUCACUAACAGGGAAGUAAACAGAUGUGUGCAUAACAUUUUAGAGAAAUAAUAUUUUUGUUCGUAUGGAAAAUGUCUGGGAUCUUUUAUUUCAGCUCAUGAAACAUGGAAACAACAAUUUUUGCGUUCAUAAACUUCAUAAACUUCGCCAUGAAAUGAGUAGCAGCAGUACAGAACCAUCGCUAGACCGGCACAUUAGACGGCACAUUCCUCAUUUGUGCAAUUAAAGGGCCAGAUGUGGAACUAAAGGGGAAUUACACUCAAAUAUCAAUUUGUUCGUUUUUUCCAGUCCUACAUUUUUUUUAAGCAUUGACAUGGACUCAGAACAUACAAUUUUGUUGUUUCUUAAUGAACUGUUAUUGUAAUUUUGAGUUUUAAAUUGUUUUAAUCAAAACCCACAAUUUCUUUUUUACUAAGAACUUAAUUUGGGAAAAUAUUCAACAUAUUUUGGGGAAAAUUAUUUAAUUUUUUUAAAUUAAAAUUAUUUUAUAAGGGCCCCCUUUAGAGUUGUUCAUUAACCAUUAUUUUACCAGGUAUAUUCACAGAAAACAUUAUCUUGUACACUAAGGACCUGGCGAAUAAUUGCAGGGGAGAGGAGAAAAGGAAGAAUGUGCCUAUUUGAAAGCUUGAAAAAAUGUGUAACUCGAGACGCAUUACAUUUUUAAGCUUUUCGUGCUAGAAAAGGUUGGAGACCCCUGGUCUAGAAAUACACAGUAGCAGGCCAUUCUGGCUUUAUUUUAAGUUCUGAUACUGAGAUGCGCUGUCUGUUGCGGAUCAUCAUUCUCCUAAGUCGUGCUAUAAUAAUGUGAUCACAUAUGCUCCCAGCAGGCCCAGUUGUUCAGGAAAGCGUCAUGCGUGCUCUGCCUCCUCUCCGAUCCGAGCAACUAUUCCUCGCGCACCUAGAACCUAACACUUCAAUAUAGCCUAAAUAUUUGUAAUUUAACUUUUAAAAUGCAUUACCUUUUAUGUGUGGCAUAAACACAACCAGUCACAAUAUUUGAAUCUGAUUAAGCUACUUCAAAAGUCUCCUGUAGACUACCUGCGUACAUUUGUCCAACAUUUUAUUCAGGCAUCCAAACUGUCCAGAUUGUGGUGUUGAAAAACGCAAAUCAUGAUGUUGAAGCAGCCGAAGUCAGUAUAAUUUGCUUAUUGGUUGUUGUCAAUUGGCACAGAGACCUGUUGGUGGAAAAUUUGUUGCAUAUAUUUUAUAUAAUUAUAAACCGGGUGGUUGGAGCCCUGAAUGCUGAUUGGCUGAAAGCCGUGGUAUAUCAGACUGUAUACCAUGGGUAUGACAAGAAAGAAUAUUUGUACUGUUCUAAUUACGCUGGUAACCAGUUUAUAAUAGCAAUAAGGCACCUCAGGGUUAUUGGUAUAUGGCCAAUAUAUCGUGGCUAAUGGCUGUAUUGAGGCACUCCGCGUUUCGUUGUGCAUAAGAACAGCUCUUAGCUGUGGUAUUUUGGCCAUAUACCACACCCCCUCGAGCCUUAUUGCUUAAAUAUGGCAUCAACAUUUUGAAAAUCUGAUUUCCACCUAGCUGGUCAUUGCAGCUUGCUCUGAUUGUGGUGUAGGUCUAAUGAAACAGGCCGGGAGCGUUAGCUCUGUCCAUGGUGGUCGGCAAACUCUCAACCUUCUGGCCCGUAGCCCUGCAUUGCAUCGACUGUGCCACAAAAGCAUGAUGAAGUGGAAAAGUCACAUUUAUAGACACAGGGUCACUAUAGUUAUUGUUAUUUGUGGUCGCAAACAUUAUUUAGAGUUAAUUCUAUGAGGGAGGACGGUGUGCAAUUAUGUUUUACAGUACAAGGGGAGUGUGGUGUGAAAAUAUUUUUUACUUUGAGGAUGGGGGUGGCAUUUUUUUAGGACACCUCGAAAAUGUUGAACUGUCCUUUACUCAGCCACAGUCUGAAACUGUCAAUAAUUAUGACGUCGUCAGCGUGUGACGUUGUUGUUGUUGGGGGAAUCUGAAUGUAAUUUUAGACAGAGACUACCAGCCAAAACUCCAUUUAGAAUCCUUUAUCCCAAAGGUUAGUUGGAGAUUCCAUAAAUACCACAAAAAAAAAACAUUUGACUGUACAUUUGCCUCAGCUGCAGACUUAGAUGUAUGUCCAAUGUGUUUGAUGAUGUACAAUUGCCUUAUCAUGUAGAAAAAAAUACUUCAAGAAUACAAAGCAGAAUUUUGAAUGUCAACAGUGCCAGAUUUCUCCUAAUUGUUCUUGUUGUCGCUGAAAUUAGUACCCAGAAACCAAUUGGAUUCUGUGUAGGGAAAAGAGCAAUUUGCCAAACAUGAAAAACCAAAAGUAAAUUUUGCUGCCCGAAUGAACUGCCAAUCGAAGGGCAAUAAAGACAAGUAUUGGAGGUAUUUUGAUGUAUUAGACAAUGAGUUAAAAUCACAAGUGAAACAUCUCAAGACUUCAGUCCUUAGUGUAAUACAAGCAUGUGUGUAUGAAAAGUUAGAGAGAAGGAGAGAAUGACUUGAACUGAAGAGGCAUGCUCCAAAGUUAAAAAGACAAUAGACUGUUUAUGUCUGAAUAGACAGUAGAAAAGGAGAGCUUUACCAGUGAUGUGGUUUAAGUGAGGGGUCAGUUGGUCCUAUAGGGCUAUGUUGUGAUUAUUGACGGUGCGGUCCUGAAAGUGAAACAUUUUCAUUUUUUUUUUUACUAUUUCCCCGUUUCAUGGGACUGAAGCGUCAUCUUUUUAUUUUUCCACUCUUUUCAUAAAUGAAAUGAAUUGUACUGUAUGCAAUGGAUCUUGUAAACGUGAUAUUGUAGAUAAAAUUGCAUACUUAAUGUUGUUGUGCUACUGAUGUUGAGCUUGAUUACAAAAAAAGAAAAAAGAUUUCCACUAUAAUCUCAAGGGGCGUGUCCUUAGUGUAUACAGCUAGCCGGCACUGUCACCAUUAUUUGUGUGAAUGUAAGUGGCACUUUAUCCUUUGCUAUGGGGACAGAGCAUGUAAACAAAAAUGUGAACUUUUCCACGAAACAAAGAAGUGAUGUUCAAAUGUUACCUAAAAAGACAGAAGAGCUAUCACUCUGAAAUGGACACAUGAAUGACAAAAGUAUUUUGUCAAAUAUAUCUGUCAUUGCCACCAUCUUGUGUGUAUUGUGUAUGUGUAAUUUGCAUAUUUGUUGUAGUAAAAAUAUUUUUUGUAUAUUCCCUUGAAAAAUAUACCAGAAAAUAUUUUCAUUUCACAAAAGUAUGCAAAAAUGAUAUUCUUGUGAUAUUGACAAAAAUUCUGCUACAUUUUGAAAUGUAGGCUUACCCCUCUCUGUUUUUGUUGGGGUUUUACUUCAAAAUAUUAACAAUCAUUAACAUUAAGUACUUAUUUAAUUGUAAUCAAUACAGACAUGAUAGAGAAAUGCUGUGAUCUCUUGACUGUAAAAAACAACAAACAUCUUUGAUUAUUUUUAUUAAAAUUGAAAUAUAUGAGGAGCUUUCUUCUUCUUUUUAAAACCCAAAUGGCUAGUGUCAACAUCAUGCUUUACCAACAUCUGUGAUUGACUGACUGUUGACAAUAGUAUAUACCCAACAAACAAUAUGUUGGCUGUCAGUUCACUAAUAAGGCUACUACAUCCAAUUGUGCAGAGAUCUGUGUCAAUUUGCCACUGUUUACAAAUACAACAUCACAAAUUUAUUGUAAAGCUUCUUUUCAAAUCUCAUUGAUUGAUGUCAAAUGCCAUGGAGUCCACAUUCUUAUAUAGUGUGUUUAUUACUAUGUAUUUAACCAGGAAAAUACAAUGGCUUUGGAGGUGUCCAAAGUGUUGUGUAUGAUGCAAUAGCAGCCAAUAUGAUCACUCUACUGUACACUAAUCAUACAGUAGUCAUCACAACACAUACUGUCAUGUGUUUCUAUGGAUGUAAAAAAUAACUAUGUAAAUACUAAACAUGUAAUAACAUACUUUAUGUUCAUUCUCUGGUUAUUUCCUGGUAAAUAAGCACGCUGUUAAAGAAGAUAUUAUUUUCUUGUGAGAUUAAUUCCUAAUACUACAUCCACCCUGUUCACAAGACUCAAGCAUGAUGUAGAAAGGAUAUGUGAAACAAGUUAAACUUCAGUACACCCCUAUAUGGGCCUAUUCACUUCUUUAAUCUCCAAUACACCCUAGGCCUCAAAGCACAACGUAUCCUGGUGUCCUGCCAACUCAGAGUAGUUAACUCAGGAGUAAAGUUUCCCCAGAUUUCCCCAGUUACAGAUCUAGGAUCAGCUUCCCCUCCCCCGAUCCUAAACUUAACCAUUGGUUGGGAAAAUGCUAAACUGACCUAAGAUCAGUGUCUAGGGGCAACUUCACCCCAGUCCGAUUAGCUCGUUUGGCUAGCUGUGAUGUGAGGAGGCUGCUGUUGUGAACACACAGUCUGUCUGAGCACUCUAUCACUUCAAUAACAGACUCGACAUGUUGUAUAUGUACAAUACAAUACACUUACUUUACUGUACAGUCUGUCACUGUACUGUCUAUUCACACUGGAACAACAAAAUAGGUCAAUCUUACAGAUGUUAAAGAGGAUAUCAUCUGCAGCUGUAGAUACAGUAGUUCUCACCCCCCAUUUCCUGAAAUGCAACCUCACCGUCUCAUUGGUUAGCUGAUACACACAUGAACUGACACACACAGGAACAAAUGGUGUAACCUCACAUGUAAAAUUACAUUAACAUUUUUAAUUUGCAUUCUGGUCAUUUAGCAGAUACUCUUAUAUUAAAAUGUCACAAUACAACACAUUGCAACCUUACAUUACAGUCUCAGAUUUCAUAUGUAAUAGCAAAGUCAGCACCAGGCGCUAGUGUAUGGUAAGAGUAGGGUGAUGGCUUGGAGAGUGCCUAUAGUAAAACAGUAAAAGUAGAUAGACCAUAGAAUACAUUCAGGUAAAGAUGAUUUUCUCUAGGUUCAUGGGUUGUUCAUAGGUUGUGCCAUCAUACAGUGGUUUGGAAAGGGUUUUUAUCUGGACAAAUCAGGUCAACUGAUCAAAUCUUCCCUCAUCCUACAUGCAACCAAACAGCUAUAUUGGUGAAAUGAAAAAUAACCCCAAUAUGGCGCAGAGUUUCUGUUGGUGCAAGAUUUGAAUGAAUGAAUGUAAAUAUCCCAGACUGUACCAGUUACAUUUUUAUUUGGGGAUUUUGAAUAAUGCACUUGUAUAUAAGCCACGUGACGUUGUAAUAAACUUCACUAUUUAUUGAUGAA